AUGUGUAAUUGGUCUCAAUUUCGGGCCAAUGUCAUCCGAGAUCAAAUCUACCUUGAUGGGGGGUCGCUGUGGUGGCGAAGUGGAUUCUCCGAUGGCACGUAUGGGACUCCGCAGAGUGACGGAAAUUCGAGGGGAACACUCUUCACCCUUCCUCUUACGGACCCUUUCGAUGUCACAACAACAAACCUAACCAGCCUGUUUUCUCGCAAUCCCGAGCCGGAUGACGUGCCGGUCAACUUCCAAGAUGGCACAAUGUUCUCGACAGACAAUGAGUUUCUGCUUUUUGGCGGUGUCGCACGCCUGACCAACAGCGGGAAUGUUCCUGGGGCCCAAGAUCUCCUAGGAUACGAGCGGUACCAAUGGGGCCCAUAUCGAUCAACUUGGCACCCCAGCUUCACCCGCCCAAAAUUGCCUUCCCAUAUGACACGGUAUAUCACCCACGGGGCCGGAGUGUCGGUCGCCAGCGAGAGCCUGGGGUUCUACUUCGGCGGGAUGCGAGGGCCCAACUGGGGGCCGAUCACGUCCCACGACGCCUCAGCCAACACUAGUGCGUCGACCUUGAUUUCCGUCAGCCUAAGCACGAUGAGCCACGAGGCUUGGACGAACAUGACCCUUCCCAAUGAGAUCCCAACAAGAGCCAAUGCUCAGAUGGUGUGGCUCCCGAUCUCUGCGCAGGGAGCCUUGGCGGUGAUCGGGGGUGUUCCUCAUCCGGAAAACCUCUACCCCGGAGGACUCUCGGAGACACAGGCCCAAGAAAAUAACGAGACAGGCUCAAGUUUUCUGGUUACGAUUCCAAUCUAUGACAUUGCCAACAAACAAUGGUACCUCCAGAACACGACGGGAGAUCCUCCACCACGGGCACGAUCGCUGUUCUGCACCGAGUUGGCAUCCGCACCGGAUGGAAGCUCCCACAACAUCUACCUCUAUGGUGGGUACGACGGUACAGACGCAGAACAGACCCCGUACGAUGAUGUCUACAUUCUGUCGCUGCCGUCCUUCACCUGGUUCCGCGCAUACACGGGCUCACCGCGCCAUGGCCGUAGCGGCCACCAAUGCAUCAAGGUAUUCCCAGACCAGAUGCUGGUUCUGGGGGGCCGAUUCAAGGACCCGACCGUUUGCCUGGACGGCGGAGUGGUGCAGGUCUUCAAUCUCAACACGCUGCAGUUCCAGAACUCGUACUCUCCGGAUACGUGGUCGGAUUACCGGGUGCCCAAAAAGGUCGUGGAUCGGCUGGGGGGGAGCAGCCGAGGGGGAGCCAGUCGCACCGCGCCGGAUGAGUGGAGCGACCAACGCCUUGCCAGCCUUUUCAACAGCACCUACACUAAAACAAUUACUACGUGGUACCCAUACAGAAAUGUGAAGGGAACUCCCCAUUCGUCGAACAAUACGGCCGAUGCCAAGCAGUCCAGUCAUUCCAGAUGGCUUGUGCCCGUUCUCCUAGCCGUUUUGAUACCAGUUGCUGCCGCCAAUGGCCUUCUGGCCAUCAUGUGCGUGCGGCGGAGGAUAAAAUCCACGAAAGGUAUAAAGGGCGAAAGUCAACCUCGCCCUUCCUGCCCGGCGGAAGCCGAUAGCACGCCAGUGGAAAGGGAUCCCGAGAAACCGUCACCGCCGACACUGCAAAACCAGCGAUCCAUAGAACCACCGCAGCCGAGCUUACCUUCUCUCCCGGAGCUACCUGCUGAUAACGAGCGUUGUCUCGUGUCCGGCUCCACUGACAGCGGAUUUUCAAUUACUCCUACCCCGACAAGUUACUACGCGAGCACUAGACCUGAAGCGGGUGAAAUAGUUAUUUCUCCUGCCAGUGAGGAAGGGGGGUAG